GUCAAAAUCUGUCGCAUGUUUCGCGAUUCGCCUGAAACCGUGCGGAAAAUGAACACUCGAGGCUUACUGCAAAAAAGUCUCAGAUUUAUCAAUGGAAAGAAAAUUCUCACCGUAACAUCCGCGAGGCAAAACAGUACGUUUAGCCGCUGUGCCGUGUGCCGGAACACGAAUGGAUCCAUCGUAGGUAAAGGUAGUUUCGGAGCGGCAACUGCAAUUCUAGCCGAUAGAAAGCUGAAUGGAUGUACGCUUGUUCAGACGAGAUCGAUUAGCACUAGCAAUGCGUUGCUAAAGAAAGACUAUUACAACAUUUUGGGUGUUGCGAAGAAUUCCUCGGCAAAGGAAAUCAAAAAGGCAUACUAUCAACUGGCGAAAAAGUACCAUCCGGACACGAAUAAGAACGAUCCCGAUGCGGGAAAGAAAUUUCAAGAAGUUUCCGAAGCUUAUGAGGUUCUCAGUGAUGAAACGAAGCGACGCGAGUAUGACACAUUUGGACAAACAUCGGAACAAAUGGGCCGUUCCGGCGGAGCCGGACACGGCCCUCAAGGUUUUUCGCAAAAUUGGCAAUUCCGCAGCACUAUCGAUCCGGAGGAACUGUUCCGGAAAAUAUUCGGUGACGGUGGUUUCAAAGGCGGCUUCGAUGAUUUUUCCGAUUCACGUUUCGGAUUCGGCGGUGCCCAGGAGGUUAUGAUGAACCUCACGUUCGCACAGGCAGCCCGCGGUGUGAAUAAGGAUAUCGACGUGAACGUUGUUGACACCUGUCCCAAGUGUACGGGAUCGCGCUGUGAGCCAGGUACUAAACCCGGCAAGUGUCAGUACUGUAACGGCACGGGAAUGGAAACGAUUUCCACCGGACCGUUUGUGAUGCGUUCGACCUGCCGGUACUGUCAGGGCAGCCGGAUGUACAUCAAGUAUCCGUGUUUGGAGUGUGGGGGAAAGGGUCAGACGGUGCAGAGGAAGCGGGUCACUGUUCCAGUGCCGGCUGGGGUUGAAGAUGGACAGACGGUGCGGAUGAGCGUUGGCAACAAGGAAUUGUUUAUCACGUUCAAUGUAGAGAAGAGCCGCUACUUCCGCCGGGAUGGUGCCGAUGUGCAUACGGAGGCAAACAUUUCUUUGUCACAGGCUUUACUCGGUGGUACGAUACGCGUGCAAGGUGUGUACGAAGAUCAAACGAUCCAGAUUACUCCGGGAACGUCGUCGCAUACCCGUAUUCACUUAAAAGGCAAAGGUCUGAAACGGGUUAACAGCUACGGAACCGGUGAUCAUUACGUACACUUAAAAAUUCAAAUUCCGACCAAGCUGAGCAAUAAGCAGAAGGCACUCAUUCAGGCUUAUGCUGAGUUGGAAGAAGAUACUCCUGGCCAAAUCAUGGGUGUAACGUUUAAAACAGAUGGUAAGUCUUCGAGCUCCGGCUCGUCUUCCGACGGUUCAUCCUCCUCCUCCUCCUCUUCUUCGUCCUGGUCAUCAAAUUCCUCAUCCACGUCCUCGUCUCGCUCGAACACAGCCAGCGAAGAACCGAUUUCCGACAAAUUCACCCAGCGGGCACAGGAUGAUGAUUUUAAAUCCUACCAGCCUCACGAUCGAUCCAGUACAUCUAAAGAUCGAUCGAAAGAUGAAUUUGGGCCUCGGUUCUACUUUGGGCUGGGGGCUAUACUGGUGUUUGCGUGGUACGUGUACUACAGCUACUCGCAAAUUCCACACCAGCUGGAACUGGAACGAGACGCAGCUCUAGAACGGCAACGACGAGCUAGGGCCAACACAGCGCCACAGCAAAGUCCCUUUGAUGAUGCCUGAAUUACUUGUUGGAUGGCAGCGAAGGAUGUUACUAGGUGCUAGAAUGAGCUCAUCAUUUUCUACUAACAGAUGACAGUUGCGAACGGUUGUUAUUAUCCAGUUCACAACGAUUGUUAAGAUGUUUUUAAAUGCAAACGAAAUUAUCGAAAAUUGGUCAGCUUAUUGUGUAUAUUUGAAAAGUACGAACAAUUUGUGCAAAUAAAUAUUGAAAUGCAGUUGCAUUUAAAACACUUAACAAUCGUUGUUUCA